AUGAGAAAUUAUUCUGUGAGGGCGUCGAAGCUCUUCCCCAGCUCAUCAAUAGCUAGAACUCAGCUCAAUGGCGCAUGUUUUCGAGGUCAAUUAGCUUGUACGAUAUCCCUACGACCUAUUCUCGCCCAAUCAUACCAUCAUAAACCUACGAGGCGGAGGCAAUCGACUUGGGCGCAGGCAGUAUCUGUGGCUUCUAAUGUAUUCUCAAAUGCAACAAGUCGGGCAACAGGAGGGGGGGGCGACUCGAUAGACCCUUUGCGAAUGGUUGCGAAAGAGAUGAAGUUCUUGACUGGCAACAUACGGCAACUUCUUGGAUCUGGGCAUCCUUCCCUCGAUACAGUUGCGAAAUACUAUACACAAGCUGAAGGCAAACAUGUACGACCAAUGAUUGUACUACUAAUGUCUAGAGCUACAAACUUAGCUCCAAAAUCCUCUAGAUACAAUCCCAAUCAAGAACUCGCAGAUAUAGAUAGCCCUAUAUCGCCAACUACCAUUCUCUCGGAUGUCAACCCUACCGCACCUACAUUAAAUCCUCUGGCACAUGUGCCCAGAACAUACUCGGCAGCAGAAAGCGAUAUUCUUCCUUCACAGAGGCGUUUAGCUGAGAUUACCGAACUCAUUCACACCGCAUCACUUCUACACGACGAUGUCAUUGAUCAUUCCGUCUCGCGGCGAGGCAGUCCAUCUGCCAAUCUCGAAUUUGGAAAUAAGAUGGCGGUAUUGGCUGGAGAUUUUCUGUUGAGCCGCGCUUCUGUUGCUCUUGCACGUCUGCGUGAUGCGGAGGUGACUGAGCUACUUGCGACAGUCAUUGCGAACCUUGUCGAGGGAGAAUUCAUGCAAUUGAAGAACACCGCGCAAGACGAGAAAAAUCCUGUUUGGACCGAAGAAACCAUCUCCUACUACCUACAAAAGACAUAUCUGAAAAGCGCAAGCUUAAUAUCGAAAUCGUGUCGGGCGGCAGCUUUGCUUGGAGGAUCAGAUGCUGUUACAGUUGACGCAGCGUACGAUUAUGGGAAAAAUUUGGGACUAGCAUUUCAACUUGUCGAUGAUAUGUUGGAUUAUACAAUUAGCGAGAAAGAGCUAGGUAAACCAGCUGGCGCCGAUUUGGAAUUGGGUCUCGCGACUGCACCAUUAAUAUUUGCCUGGAAGAAUAACAGGGAAUUAGGCUCUCUGGUGGGAAGGAAGUUUUCUCAAGAAGGAGAUGUCUUGCGUGCAAGAGAGUUAGUGCUACAAAGUGAUGGCUUAGAGCAGACCCGUGCCCUGGCAGAAGAAUAUGGCAACCGAGCCAUUUCUGCCAUCAGUGGAUUCCCCGAAAGCGAAGCCAAAGAUGGCCUGAUAGAAAUGGUGGAUAAAACACUGAAACGAAGGAAAUGA